AUGAUACUAGCAGUGAUAAAAGUAGUAGUACAGAGCAAGGAAAUAGCGAUGGUGCUUGAGAAGGUGAAGGCACACACAGGUGACGAACAGAAUGAAAGAGCAAAUCAAAUAGCAAAAGAAGAAGGAAAAGUAGGUGCCUCAACAAGAGUCAAACGGGUUAUGACAAAAAAUAUGGUCUUUCAGCCAGUCUGGAACGGGUUAGAUAUAGAAUGCUCUCUGAGAGAAUUUAUAAAGCAGAUAUUAACAACAGCUGCUAGAGCAGA